GAACUUUCCUUGGACAUUUCCUUUUCUCUUACUUCGUAUUCCUAAGUAAUAAUAUCCCUCAGCGCACCCGACCUAAUCAGUCUCAUCAUCAAUGGGCUCUCGAAACCCAACGAACUGGGACCAGUACGAACGGGGGAGCUUCUCUCGCACCGGCAGCGUCUCCUCGUUGGAUAACCGGAGCGCCCAAUAUGAAAGCGACUCUCUCCUAGGCCGCAGCGCCGGCUCCAACCCGGGCGAUGGCGAGUGGACGCAGCAUCUCAGGCAUAGAAGGUCCUCAGUAACCAACCGCCUCGCGGCCAUAACCGACAUCGGUGGCGUCAACAGUAUCCGCUCCUUCACCCGCAGCUGGCAACGCGCCGCCGGUUUCUCCGAAGUCAUCCCCCAGCGCCCUUCCUUCGUCUUCGCCCCAGACCAAGCCCCCAUCGCACCCCCGCCAGACGCCGGCGAUGUAUCCCCCUACUCUCAACAACAGCGCGACAUCGAGGCGGGCGCCUCGCCCUCCCUCAUCCGCCAGCACCUCGAAGCCGCCCUCCGCGCCGGCGAGCAACACCCUCCCCGCACUGAUAGCCCCGAACCGGGCGCGAGCGCCAGCCACGGCGCCCUCCUCCACCGCCAGUCCAGCCGCGACUCGCGCGAGGGGAAACCGCUCGACGGCAGCGACAGCGACCUCAUGCCGCAGGUCUUCCGCAUCGGCAGCCACACGACGACAAACUCCGCCAGCGGCGGCUCCAUCUUCGCCAUUCCGCCCCACUUGGCCACCCCGCCGCUCAUCGGCAGCUACCGGUCGCUGGUGUCGGGCCUGGACUAUGGAACCAUCCGCUCCGAUGCGAGCGGCGGGAGUGGAGGCGGCGAUAUGACCCACGCCGCCGCCCUGUGGCGCCAGCAGCAGGAGGCCGGCGGCAACGUGCCCGACGGGGAGCUCCCGCCUAUACUGGUCAAGGAGGUGGAGCAGGAUGGGAAGUUCGUGCUGGCUGUGGAGGGGCAGUCGACGCUGCCUCAGACGGUGUUUAAUUCGACCAAUGUUCUAAUUGGGGUCGGCCUGCUGAGCUUGCCCAUGGGCAUGAAGUACGCCGGCUGGCUCUGCGGCAUGAUCGCCAUGUUCCUAUGUGCGGCCGUGACUGGGUGGACGGCCAAGCUCCUGGCCAAGUGCAUGGACCUGGACCCGAGCCUCAUCACCUUCUCCGACCUCGCCUACAUCUCGUUCGGUCGCAACGCCAGGAUAGCCACGAGCGUGCUGUUUACACUUGAGCUUCUCGCGGCGUGCGUGGCCCUAAUCGUGCUCUUCGCGGACUCGCUUGACCUCCUGUUCCCCGGGCUCCUUUCCGUGACGGGCUGGAAGAUAUUUUGCGCCAUCAUUCUGAUACCCCUAAACUUCCUACCGUUGCGGCUACUGAGCUUCACCAGCGUUAUCGGUAUCUUUUCGUGCUUUACCAUCGUGGUCAUCUUGGUUCUCGACGGCUUGAUAAAACCCACCUCGCCUGGCUCUCUCAUCGAACCGGCCAAAACCUACCUCUUUCCUGCCAACUGGUUGACGUUGCCGCUGUCUUUCGGUCUCCUAAUGUCCCCGUGGGGCGGCCACGGCGUGUUUCCCAACAUAUACCGGGACAUGCGUCACCCCCAUAAAUAUACCCAAGCGCUCAAGAUGUCCUUCUCCUUCACCUACGUCCUCGACCUCACCACAGCCGUCGCGGGCUUGCUCAUGUUCGGCGACUCGGUGCGCGACGAGAUCACAUCCAACAUCCUGCUCGAGGCCAGCUACCCGCGCGUGCUGGCCGUGUUGAUGUGCCUGUGCAUCGGCAUCAUCCCGCUAACCAAGAUCCCGCUCAACGCCCGCCCCAUCGUCGCCACCGUUGAGGUCCUGCUGGGCCUACACCAGCAGGCCGUCGCCGGCCCCGCCGACUACGACCCCGUUCCUUCCUCCUCGUUCAUCCACAGUCUGGUGGGGAGGGGGAUGGGCUUUCGGGGGGCGAUGAAGGUGGUGAUUAGGGUGGGGGUGGUAGUGGUGUUUUUGGGCAUCUCGAUUGUGUUUCCUGCGUUUGAUAGCAUCAUGGCUUUCAUGGGCAGCGCGUUGUGUUUUACCAUUUGUGUGACGCUACCCCUCGCCUUCUACCUCAAGCUCUUCGGCCACGAGAUCUCCACCCGGGAGAAAGCCUUCGCCUUCACCGUCAUGGUCAUCUCGUUCGUCCUGUCUGUCAUCGGCACUGUCUGGGCCUUCCUGCCCAAGAGCUUGAUUGGCGCCGAGCCUGCGACGCCGGAACUGCGCUAGCGGUAUCCCCGAGUGCCCUUCCAUACCUGUGGGCGUGGGACGCGUGGCGUGGCUGGGGGGGACCCGGACCGGCUGAAGCGCGCGGUUGCGGAUUCCCCGGGGGUUGGGCCCGCGGCCUGGCCUGGUGUUGGGAAUGCGGAACGUCACCCGAUGACCAGCAGGCCGUUGGGGGGCUUGGCUUGGG